AAUUCAAAAAAGAAAAAAAGGAAAAAGAAAAAUGAUUAAAUUAUCAAUCUUUCUAACCCUCACUCUCCUCAUCUCCACCUCCACCGCCUCGGUGCAGGACUUCUGCGUGGCCGACCUGACGGGCCCACAGACCCCGUCAGGGUACACCUGCAAGCCCCCGGCCAACGUCACCGCCGAAGACUUCGUGUUCACCGGCUUCCGCAAGGGCGGCAACACCACCAACAUCAUCAAUGCCGCUGUCUCACCGGCCUUUGACGCGCAAUUCCCGGGCCUAAACGGGCUGGGCCUGUCCAUAGCCCGCCUCGAUUUGGCCCCUGGGGGUGUGAUCCCAAUGCACACCCACCCAGGGGCCUCUGAGGUAAUCCUGGUCGUCCAGGGUUCCUUAGUAACCGGAUUUGUUUCUUCCGCGAACGCUGUUUACGUGAAGAAGCUUCUCAAGGGGGAUAUUAUGGUGUACCCUCAAGGGUUGUUGCAUUUUCAGAUCAAUGGCGGUGGGAAAACUUCGGUGGCGUUUGCGAGCUUUAGUAGCCCUAACCCGGGGUUGCAAAUCACCGAUUUCGCGCUCUUUGCGAAUAAUUUGCCCUCGAUGUUGAUCGAGAAGACUACGUUUCUUGAUGAUGCUCAAGUGAAGAAGCUUAAGUCCGUGCUCGGAGGGACCGGCUAGAAGUGAAAAUUUAUGCAUGUUACAAUCAUGACUUGUUUUUCUUGUGUUUUUGUUUUUGUUUUUGUUUUUGAUUUUAUUGUUUGUGGUUCAAUUGUUUGUUCUUUGUAUUAAGGAUUUAAUUUUAAUUUUAUUUUUUUUUUCUGAAUUUUGUUGUGUUUUUUUUUGUUCCUCACUAGGAAUAAUUUUUUUUCUAAUUGUGAAGUGUCAAAUAAAUGUAUAUGUUUCUGAUUUUUCAGAUUUGAUUCAAGGAAAUUUGUCAUUUUCUUGGAUAUAUAUAUAGUUCGAAUAAAUUGGAG